GCUGCGUAGCGGCGAGAUGGCGUCUCGGAUGGAAGGGGAAACAGUGGCGCCGAGGCCGCGUGCUCACUCUCGCGCCUCUUGCGAGUUCAGUAUCAUUUUGGCCAGUGAUAGCGAAGAAUCGGUGAAUUUCUGUGCAGCAGCCCGAAUCAUGGCAGACAGCACUUGGAUAUGGGUCGGCGCGAGUGUGGGUGUCAUCGUGGCGCUCAUCAUCAUACUCUUUCUGCUGCACAAAUACUUCCAGGGCGGCAAGUUCCGCAAGGACGACGUGCUGAUGGACGGCAAGGUGGUGAUCAUCACGGGCGCCAACACGGGCAUCGGCAAGGAGACAGCGCUGGACCUGGCACGCCGCGGCGCCAAAGUGUACAUGGCGUGCAGGGACAAAGGGCGCGGCGAGGAGGCGCGCCUGGAGGUGAUUGAGAAGUCUGGCAAUCCGCACGUGCUCUUCCGGCCGCUCGACCUCGCCUCGCUGGCGUCCGUGCGCACCUUCGUGGAGAACUUCAAGAACGAGGAGGCGCGUCUGGACGUGCUGAUCAACAACGCCGGCGUGAUGAUGAUUCCCAACAAGAACCUCACAGAGGAUGGCUUCGAGAUGCAGAUUGGCGUGAAUCACAUGGCGCACUUCCUGCUCACGAAUCUCCUGCUGGACCUGCUGAAGAAGUCCGCGCCCAGCCGCAUCGUCACCGUGUCCAGCUUGGCGCACAUGUCGGGGCAGAUCAACAAGGAGGACUUGAACAGCGACAAGUCCUACAACAGAAUCACCGCCUACGCGCAGUCCAAGCUGGCCAACAUCCUGUUCACGCGAGAGCUGGCCAGGAGGCUCGAGAGCACCAGAGUCACGGCCAAUUGCUUGCAUCCCGGAGCCGUGAACACUGAACUGCUGCGCCACAUUCCCACGUUCCUGGUCUUCAUCGGGCGGCCGUUCCUCAUGCUCUUCUUCAAGACGCCGCGCAACGGCGCCCAGACGCAGAUCCGCCUCGCCGUGGAUCCCGUUCUCGAGGACGUCACCGGAAAGUAUUUCAGCGACUGCAAGGAGGUGAAGCCGCGGCCGCAGGCGCAGGACGACGAGAUGGCGGCUUGGCUGUGGGCGGAGAGUGUGAAGUGGACCAAGCUGUCACCGGCGGAGGCUCAAUAAAAGG